UGCUGCGCUCGGGUCCGCGGAAGCUGAGCUAUGUCGGAGACCGCGCCCGCUCCUGCCGCUGAGGCGGCCCCCGUCGCCGCCGCUCCGGCCCCGGCGGCCAAAGCUGCCGCCAAGAAGUCGAAGAAGGCGGCGGGCGGCUCCAAAGCCCGCAAGCCCUCGGGCCCCAGCGUCACCGAGCUGAUCACCAAAGCCGUGUCCGCCUCCAAGGAGCGCAAGGGGCUCUCCCUGGCCGCGCUCAAGAAGGCGCUGGCGGCCGGCGGCUACGACGUGGAGAAGAACAACAGCCGCAUCAAGCUGGGGCUCAAGAGUCUCGUCAGCAAGGGCACCCUAGUGCAAACCAAAGGUAUUGGUGCUUCCGGCUCUUUCAAGCUCAGUAAGAAGCCCGGAGAAACGAAGGAAAAAGCGCCGAAGAAGCGGGCAGCGGCGGCCAAGCCCAAGAAGCCGGCAGCCAAGAAGCCCGCGAGUGCUGCCAAGAAGCCCAAGAAGGCGGCGGCGGUGAAGAAGAGCCCCAAGAAGGCGAAGAAGCCGGCGGCCGCCGCGACCAAGAAAGCGGCCAAGAGCCCCAAGAAGGCUGCCAAGGCUGCGAAGCCCAAGAAGGCAGCAAAGAGCCCAGCUAAGGCGAGAAAGGUUGCUCCCAAGCCAGCGAAGGCCAAGGCGACGAAGCCCAAAGCGGCCAAGGCGAAGAAGGUGGCACCCAAGAAGAAGUAAGGUCCCCGUGGAAGAAAGCUUUUGGUCCGCUUUUGAAAACAAACGGCUCUUUUAAGAGCCACCCAAGCUUUCCCAAAAGGAGCGGAAAUAUCUUUUAUAUUACUUUUUUUAGGCACUAUUAAAACAUACGUGAAGUUUUUCUAUA